GCCAAAUUAUAGAAGUCCAUCGAUGACGUGUACAUAGAGGUCCUUUCUCACUUCCGGGUGUGAGUAAACAGCUCGCAAGCCGAGUUGCCUCGCCUUAAUAAUGUCUAAAGUAACAUUUAAAAUCACGCUGACGUCGGACCCCCGGCUCCCGUUUAAAGUAUUAAGUGUCCCAGAGAGCACGCCGUUCACCGCAGUUUUGAAAUUUGCGGCAGAGGAGUUCAAGGUGCCGUCAGCCACAAGCGCCAUCAUCACUAAUGACGGAAUUGGGAUCAACCCUGCGCAGACAGCAGGCAACGUGUUCCUAAAGCACGGAUCAGAGCUGCGCAUCAUUCCCAGAGACCGAGUCGGGGGACGAAGAGACCGACGCCGCUCGUCUCCGCAGAGGAGACCGUGAUUGAGCCCCGCCUUGCAUCCUAUUUAUGUACUGCUCGACAGUGUGUUUGAGUGUCUGUAACGUAUACACUUACAAUGACUCACUACACGCUGCCCGUUUUUUCAUCCCUCAGUAAAUGUAUGGAAACGUCUACAUUUAUAAUCCUUCUAAAUUACAAUAAAACACCGCUCACACGACACACAAUUUAGUUUUUUCUCCCCUACCGUAUACGGUAGCUGAAUUGAACAUCCCGCCCACGAGAACUUCAACCCAGAACAUUUGGAGGACCGUUGUGUUUUUCGGAACUUAUGUCAAAAUGCAAUUUAUCGAGCCCUCAAAAAAACCCUUCUAGUGUCCUAGGAGUCCACGAAUCAGUGGUUCUACUAAUUAAAAAAAAAAAAAAAAAAGAUUUAAAUGAGGCAACUGUAACAAGCACAAAUCUGAACACAUCAGAUUGGAGCCGUUUUUAGUUUAAGGAACUCCAGUGGAUAGAAAAAAAAUCCAGUUCCCCCUAUUUUGUGAUAUGUUGGAACAGGAUUAGUUCAAUCUUAAUUUAUGAGGGUGUGCACACUUGUGCAACCAGUAGCAGUCUGUUUUUAUUUUCCCAAUCAAGAGUCAUUUGCGUUGUUAUGCUUGGAAAACUUUAGAAAAGAUUUCCCUUGGUAUCUUUUUUUUCUAUAUUUCAGAAAAAACAUGGCAUUCAAAGAGAGCUGUUUAGACAUUUUAUAUCUAUUGUAAAGUAACAAAAACUAAAAGUCCCUGAAAGUGAAAAUUAACUUUGAAUGAAGAAAUGGCUGCGAUACGCCGUAUCAGGAAGUAGAAGCACGUGAUUCUUGCAUUUCCUGUUUCUGGGUGAGGACUGAUUGUUUAGGAGCAGGCUUGUUUUGGUAACAUUUAUGAAAUAAACACGUAAAUUAAUGUCAA